AUGACUGCUGGCGCUAAACUCUUUAACUCAAAUAGUGAGUUGUUUCAAGAUCCUAGCCUUUAUCGAAGCACCAUUGGGGCUCUCCAAUAUUUGACAUUAACAAGGCCAGACAUCAGCUUUACUAUAAACAAAUUGAGCCAAUUUCUUCAAGCUCCAACUGAGCAUCAGUGGCAAGCAUGUAAGUGGGUGUUACGAUACAUCAAAGGGACUCAAUUUCAUGUUCUCCUCUUCAAGCCAGUAGCCUCUUUAUGUGUUGAAAGCUAUGCUGAUGCUGAUUGGGGUAGUAAUCUGGAUGAUAGGAGAUCCACAAGUGGUUAUUGCAUCUAUCCAGGUCCCAACUUAAUUCAGUGGAGUUUUAGAAAACAAAAGGUGGUUGCCCUUUCAUUGACAGAGGCUGAAUGUAGAAUAUUAGCUCAAACAGCCACUAAAUUGGUCUGGCUGGAAAGUUUGUUAUCUGAAUUGGAUUUAGUUUCAGUUGGCUGUGUUCAGUUGUUAUGCAGGGGAGUGUUAUAUAGAGUAGUGAGGAGCGUUAUGCAGAGUAGUGUUAUGUAG